AUGGCGAGCCUGCAGCAGGGCGAGAAGCAGCUGUUUGAGAAGUUCUGGAAAGGGACCUUCAAAGCAGUGGCCACUCCGCGUCCCGAGAGCAUCAUCGUUGCCAGUAUCACAGCCCGCAAGCCACUACCAAGGACAGAGCCCCAAAGCAGUCUCUUGGUCCCAGCCCAGGAUGGACCUUCAGAAAAGUUGGGUCAACGUCUGGCCACUGAGACCUUUGGUGCCAACAGCUGGGAGAGAGAUAAGACCUGCAGGGAGCUGGGUCCUGCCCGAGCACACAGUGCCUCUCAAGAAAGAGACCUGACACCGCCACCUUCCUCCAGGGGGAAAAAGAAAAAGAAGAAAUCGACCAGGAAGAAGAGAAGGAGGUCCCCAUCCUACAGCCCAUCACCAGUCAAGAAGAAGAAGAAGAAAAGCUCCAAGAAGCAUAAACGGCACAGGUCUUUUUCCAAGAAGAGGAGACACAGCUCCUGUAGCCCUAAAAACAAAAGACGGGAAGAGAAGAAGCAUAAAAAACAAUCUCGAAGCCGGAAGUCUCACCACCAUAGACACCACCAUUGCCCCUCAAGGUCUCAGAGCUCGGAACUGCGCUCUUCCAGCUGCGAGAGCAGGCACCGAGGUCGUUCUCCCGAGGAAGGGCGGAAAUCCCGCCGAACACACUCCCGCCGCUGCUCCAAGAACCACUACAAGGUCAGCCCAGAGGCCCGAUCCAGCCACCUGACCAGCCAGCCCCUCCAGAGGCUCGGCUUCCUGUCAGCCAGGGGUGUAAUCUCUGGGUCGGGGUCUGCUGCUGACCUCUUUAGCAAAUCAACCAGCCCGCUCACCGCCCCCCGAGGACGCUCGCAGGAGUACGACUCAGGCAAUGACACGUCCUCGCCGCCCUCCACGCAAACCAGUUCCGCCCGGUCGCGGGGCCAGGAGAAGGGGAGCCCCGGCGGGGGUCUGAGCAAGAGUAGGGACCUCAACUGCGGCAACAGUUCCGAUUCAGGGAACUCCUUCACCACCUCCUCCCCCCAGAACAAGGGGGCUGUUCUGGAGAACGUCUCUCCCACCUGCAGGAGCAGUGAGUCAAGAGGAGUUCAGUCUCCGUGUCUACAGUGUGCUGAGGUGAAGAAGUCUAGUUUGGUCCCAUCCACAGCCCGGAGCUCCCCCAUCAAAGAGUGCUCCCGUAGCUCCUCCUACACCAGCACUCGAUCCUCCAGCCCCUCUUCCCGGUCCCCAAACCACAGAGCCUCCCCCAGGUACACAAGGAGCCGGUCCACCUCUUCUGAAAAAAGGUCCUACUCUCGCUCUCCCAGCUAUUCUUCCAAGUCUGGCAAGAGGAGCCCGCCUAGCAGAAGCUCUAGGUCCCGUCGCAGUCCCAGCUAUUCCCGUUACAGCCCCAGCAGGGAUCCCAAGUACGGUGAGAAGGAAUUGCAGCCCCGAGAGCGUGCACGCAGGAGGCGACGGUCCUACUCACCCAUGAGGAAGCGCCGGAGAGACUCCCCAAGCCACCUGGAGGCGCGAAGGAUAACCAGUGCCCGCAAACGCCCCAUCCCUUACUACCGACCCAGCCCCUCCUCAUCCAGCAGCCUCAGCAGCGCCUCCUCCUGGUACAGCAGCAGCAGCAGCCGCUCUGCCAGCCGCAGUUACUCCCGGAGCCGGAGUCCCAGCCGGAGCCGCAGCAGGAGCCAGACCAGGAGCAGGACGCGGACCAGCCGCAGCUCCAGCUCCCGCAGCCUCAGCCUGGGCUCCCGGAGCCGCAGUCGGAGUCGGAGCCUGAGCUACAGCUCAGCGGAAAGCUAUGCCAGCACGAGGCGCUAAGCAAGGGCCCUCCUUUGAGCCAGCUGCCCACCGGGACGACCCCUCUGUACUCUGCCUGUGUCCUUUACUACCGGCUCUUUACGCCAGCUCCCUGGUGACAGAUACGAAGGCUUCCUGGCUCAUGUCCUCUAUGCUCUCCUGGGAAGGUGGGACGGGAUACAGGGACUCCUGUUUCUUUGCCAAGCUGCUAGGAGCCUCUACCAGCAUCAUCCUGAGGGGCACCUGGGCCGGCGGAGAAGGCCUCCUGUGGAAAGCUAUCAUCCAUGACUCAAAAGUUUAAGCUUGGCCGAGACACGCGGUGACAUGUUCCACCCAUCCACUGCUCACAGGCUGUAUACUGGAGGCCAGGGUCAAUCCGUCCCUCACCCAGGCCUCCUUUUCCCCUCCUUCAGUCUCAUGGCUGCACGUUUUGGACCCCAUUGUUGGAAAGAGAGGAGACCAAGGGUGAAGUACAAGCAAAGAGCUCAGGGCUUUUUACCUCCCAACAUGGGCAAAAGCUGGGAGCUCCCGCGUCCUGCAUGGAGAAAGCAGACAUCAACAGGGGAGGUAGAUGUCGGGGAAGAUUGGAAAUGGGAUCUGUAGUUAUGGCAAGCAGCAAAGAGUCAGGUAAUUUGCCCCCUAGUACGCCAUCCUGGUCAGGAAAGGGACUGCAGCGGGUUCCAGCUUUGUGGAGACCCUUACAGAGGGCCCUGUGACCCCGAAACGAUAAGGAGAUGAUUUAACAGUCAGCACACCUUGGGCCACAGCCCUAUUCCCCAAAUUCACCUCAUCCCCAGUAGCUGGCACCAACGUGAUUCCACGGGACCAUCUGCUGAGCCUUCCCGUUGCUGUGGCUAGCAGCCAGCCCCCAGCGCCAGCCAGUCUGCCCUUGCCCUCCAGUUGGCGCCUGCCAGCCCCCUCCACAUUGCCCAGACUGCCACACCCUGGAUUCUACCCAGGGCAGGCUGACACCUACCAUCUCACAUGGAGACCACUCUCCUUGCCUCUCAGGAAUUUUCUCAAGACGGGGACACUGCAUGUAGAUCAAUGUUGUGGGGAAAGACCGAAAUCCAGAGAGCCUGCUGACAGAGGGACUUGAGUGGUCCAUGGCUCGGGGCUCCUGCUGGCUUCUGAGUUUGCUGUCAGUUUAGGAAAAGUCCCGCGAUUGCUGCUGCCCUCUCUCUACCUUCCUCCUCCCUAGGGCUGGGCAGCAAGGGCAAGCUGCCCUCUGACACACAAACAUCAGCUGCUCUGUCUGCAGAAGACAUUGGGAACAGGCAGGCGAGGGAGAUGGUCCUUAAAAUAAACCCACGGGCAUCCCCCUCACCAGCUGCCUGACUUUCCAGAGUCUAGGAGGUGUUGAGUUUGUGGUGGCAACAGCUGAGGGCCAGGGCACACGGAGAAAGAGGUUCUCGCCCCAACUUCGGACACUGGAACACGGUGGCUGCUACGACCCAGCAUUAUUCAUCCCUCUUGCUCCAAGGGAAACAUCUGGGGGGAGGGGGUCCCAUCUUAAAAGCAAGGAUCUAUCCAUGCCAAUCUCUCCCAACCUAUCAAGCCUAGGGGUCCGGCGAGCGCCAGGGAAGUUCGUUAUCUGGUAGGCAAGGAGGAGCAUCAGUGGCCAUACUGGCCUCCCCACCAUGGCUUCCAGCCCAGACCAAAACUCCGCCCACCAAGACUCAAGGAUGCUUAUGCUGACACCGCAAAAGGCCAGAUAGCAGGUGUCUGGCACAGGAAUAGGUGCCCCGGAGGGCAUGGACAGCAACUGUAAAUAACCCUCAUCCCCACCAGGUUGCCAACUCCGCCUCAUCUCCCUCAUGGAGACUGAGGCUUCCAGGGGCCACCAAACCUCCUCCUCAGCAGGACAGCUUGGGAAGGCACGAGAGCCUCUCUCGAAGACACAGACUAUCUUCAUUAAAACCACUCUAGGAGACCAUUUUGCCCAGGGCUCCUAGCAAACGUUUUAUUUAUUUAUUUGUUUAUCUAUUUAUUUAUUUAUUUUUAUUAUUUAUGUGAUGAGCUCUUCUUUCUCACCAUUAGCAGUAUUUAUUUAUUUAUUUAUUCAUUCAUUCAUUUGUUCGGAGAGAUUGUGUAUCAAGAUAUGUGAUUAUGUAUGUAUUUGGUGGGAUGGUCUUCUAAAUUAUUUGUGCUUUUUUUUAAAAAAAAAAAUCUGUUGCUGCGGUUGGAGAGGUCAGAGGCAUCUUGGUCUUUUUCAUGAAUGUUUUAAGCCCUGAACAUCCUGGAACUGACCAGGAAAUACACAAGUCCCAAGGUUCAUUAUUCAGUUUGCUGCCAGUGAGGUGCAGGUCUGUGCCUCAGCUCUUCAGACAUGUGCGGCACCACUACCGUAUCAGAAAGAUGAAGUCAGCCACAGAGUCCAUGAGCCUAAACCCAAGGCUGGGGCCUGACAUUAGAAUGUCGCUACGCAAAUGUGAAAGAAUCACGAAAUCUUUGGCUAGCUGCUUAGAGUCAGAAUGCCAUGUGUCGGCCAGUCUUCAGAGACACCAGUGGCACGCAUGAGAGAGCCCUUACCUCAUGAUUGGGAAACCCUGUGGUAAGAAGGGUUCGAUACUAAGUAGCAUGGCUCUUGGAGACAAAGUGUCAAUUUGAUGAGGUUUGACUGAUGCUCACAGAGGGAGAGAAAGGCAGGACAAACCCAGGAAGACAUAAUGCUCUUCCUGAUAUCAGCGAAAGACACCUGCUUCUCCUCCCCCAGCUUUUGAGGUUGGAAAACCUGCCUGCAUCGUCUGCAGUAGACAAACACUGUUUUGCGAAGAGGGCAGGGGACUUCCUGGGGGACACCCAAACACCCAAAGCAAAUGCCCUUUUCCUGUGUUCCAUUUGGGGUAGCACCAAACAACUUCCAAAAUUAGACAAUGAAGUACAGAUGGAGGGGACAGCCAGACGUCCCCAGAAAGGUCAUUUCUAAGCUCAUUCUGGGAGCUAGGUCCUGGAGACCUUUAUCAGUUCUGCCUUCCUAACCAACUGGCAGUGACUCUGGCUGCUGGCUACAGCGAGCUCUUGCCCUUUCUGUGGUCAUUCUCCGUGGACUUUCAAGGCCAGCUUGCCUGGUCCAGUUGUGGAUUUAGUAAAACUUUCGCUCUAUCCCUGACUCUUCUCUUUAACAUGGCUGUCAUACUCUAACCCAAGCAAGGCAUCAUUCUUCCCUUGGAAACAGUUGUCAGAAGAUUGUUUAGAUACCUGUAAACCUCCUCCUCCUCCUCCAUCUCUCUUCCUCGUUCCUUUUCUCUCCUAUACUGCUUUGCUUUCUGAGCAAACAUGGAUCUGCUUCCAGGACACUGAUAACCUUGGCUGACUAGAACAUGGGACCCUGGUCUGUCUAUCCACUUUGCCCUCAUUACUUUCCGCUUCUGGAGAAUAACUCCACUUGGAAGCACUCCACAGCCAUGCUUGUACAGUGGGGUUACGGCACUGUGUUGCGGAGGCUGUUCACAGUGAGGGUGUAAUUCCCCCACCAACAUCCAAGAUGGGUGAGAGUGUAGACUGACGUUAAACAACGUGCUGCCAAAGCCCCUUGACCUUCCCGCUGCUAAUUGUCACCUUACUGGGGACCAGGGUUCCCACUUAGUGAGGUGGGGUAGUUUUUGGCAAAUAAUUCGGAUGUUGGUUUGAGGCCCAAGAAAGCCAACAAACACAGUGAGUUCCACUGAGACUCAGGGGAAGGACGGGUUUGAAGUGCUCUAAGGAGAUUCCUAGGAAUAGCUAAAAAUAGCACCUGAUUGCCUACUGGGCGGCUAGAAAGUGGACUAACCCCAUUCACGUCCACCAGAGUUGGACUUCAUUCCAGGCUCUCUUUGAGACCUCCUUAGAAGGCGACUUGGCUUUUCAGGAGCAGAAAAAAAAUGGAGCUGUUGGGGAGGAGUUGGGGUCUCAGCCUCCGAGAGCCCCUAUUCUUACAUUUCUCAGCCCCGUCCUCUUUCCCAGAAGGGUUUGUUUAAAGGAAGUACAAGUGUGGGUGCUACCAAAGGUGGGGAAAGCAGUGAGUUAUGUCUUUCUUAAGGUCAACUUGCAAAUUUUCUGCCACAUUUCUUCUUCUUUGGUGCCGGGGGUGGAACCCAAGUGCUUGUCAAGUGCUCGUGCAAAUGGGUCGCACCCUCAGCCUUGUGCUAGGUUCCCUUCACCCCAUCUCUUCUGUGUGUAUUCCGAAUGGUCUCAUGGGCAUGUGUCUUUCACUUUGGUUUCCUUUCUGAUGGGGAGAAAGUUCGAUUUGAUACUAAAAUGACACAUGCCCUCCUCCUCUGCUAGCUAGCCCACCAGAGACUUGGGCCAGACACAACGUCACUAAACAACACUGUAAAGAACUCUAUCCCUUCUCCGCUCUGCACUGAUGAGCCAAUGGCAUUGACACCAUGAUCACCAACCCUCUGCAACUCCUUUUUCCAUUUGUGUAUUUGGGUUUUGUUGUUCCUCCCUGUUUUCAUUUUGUGAGUUGAUUUUUGGUUUUAUUACUUUCUUUUUUGGUGGUUGUCAUUUUGCAUUGUAAAUACCAUGAUGUGAGGCUGUCCUUGGACCAUGGCUUAUUUAAUAAUUUAUUAUUAUUUCCUAUUUAUUGAGUGGUAUUGGAAAGGGAGGGGAGCCAGCCCUCCCCUUGGAUUGCCACUGGAAACCAUCCAUCUCUCAGCUCUGGGUGCUGCUGUCUGUAGUGGGGGAGUUAUCACCCAGGCAAUGAAUGCUGGAGUCACCAGAGAAUUGAAACAGGCAGAAACAGAGGCUCCCAUCAUACAAAUUAAGUCCAAAUGGAGCUAAAACGCUGGUUAUCUCCCGAAAACCUCAUUUAGAUGGAAAUUAAUUGAAGAACUCAAAUGCCUGUACACGAACCAACUUCUAUUAAAAAGUCACAACUGA